GGGAUCUCUCCAUCCCUGAGUCAUCGCCGCGGAAGAAGGGACGGGAUCAUGGAGAUCCUUCUGCCUCUCCUGCUUCUCUCUGUGGCUUCAAGCACAGCGGUCCAGGAAGCCAUAAACCUGGGAGGGAAAGUGUUCAUAUUCCCGAGAACGUCGUCCGAUUCCUACGUGACCCUGUCGCCUCAGCUGGACAAGGCCUUGAGGAACCUCACCGUGUGUCUUCGAGCUUACUCGGACCUGAACCGUCCCUACAGCCUCUUCUCCUUGGCCACCCAAGGCAACAGCAAUGACGUCCUCCUCUUCAAGGAGGCAGGAUCUGCAGUGUUCAGCGUGAGCAUCGGCGGGGAGACCGUCUACUACACGGUCAAGGAGACCUAUCCGGCUCCCAGGCAGUACUGCUUCACCUGGGAGUCCGCCUCCGGCCUCGUCCAGCUCUUCCUAGACGGGAAUCCCCUGGUGAGGAAAGGUUUGCAGAAGGGAUACUCGGUGAGCAGGGGCGCCCGGAUCAUCUUGGGACAGGAUCAGGACUCAUGGGGAGGGGGGUUCAAAGAGAAGAAGUCCUUCGUCGGAGAGAUAGGGGAUGUUUUCAUGUGGGAUUCGGUGUUGACCCUGGACCAGAUCAGGGCUGUGGACAGCGGGGGAAUCACUAGCCCGAAUUUCCUGAACUGGUACGAGAUGACCUAUGAGGAGAAAGGCUCCGUGGUCACUGCGCCUCAUAUGUGGUACUGAGGGAGGGGGUCAGCGGGCCCUCGCGGCUGCGGCCUGCAGAGGAUUUCCUUGGUGGUGGGCACCCUGUCGGUCGGUCCGUCGAUCGUCUUUACCGAGCGCUUACGGGGCGCAGAGCACUGUACUAAGCGGUUGGGGGAGUACGACGCGACGAUAAAAGGACACGUUCCCUACCCAAAACGAGGUCUAGAGGAAUCGUGUCCGAUCCGUCUGCCGUCGCGCCUCCA